AUGGGGUGUUGCUGUUCUAUUAAAUCUCCAAGUCAGACAACUCUUGGAAGAGAAGUUGAGUGCCCAAAGUGUUAAUAAUUAUUUCCAUCUUACACAACGAAUCAUGCUGUAAAAAUAUAAAAUUUUAAUUUGAAGUUUAAUGAUCAUUUAGAUAAUUGCCUUAUGUCUUCAUAAUAAAAUAUAAACAAAACAGAGGAUUAUAGAGGAAUUAAAUAUUGGGAAAAGGUUUAAAAUGAAUAAGGAUUUUAAUGGGUACUAAAAGAAUACAACCCCAGUCUCUAAAUCAAUGAAUAGAAUAUUUCUUCAGAACCUUUUGGUUAAAAACAAGUUUGGUUCAGAGCUAAAUUAGAAAAACUUAGAAUUCCUUGGCAAAAUGGAUGCACGAUUCUGUCAGUUUCUUAAAAUCAUUUACUUGAAACCUCCAUAGAGAGUAUAAUGAAAUUGAAAUCUCGUCUUUUACAUGGGGAAUUAAAAAUUAAAUUUCAGGAAGAUUAAAAAGUCUAGGAUGCAGGAGGUUUGCUUAGAGAAUGGUCUACUUCUAUUCUUUAAUAAUUAGUUGAAAUGGAAUAUUUAUAAAAAACAGAAACAAAGGAACUUACAUAUAAAUUUAAUCCAAAUAUUUAAUCAAAUACUAUUGACAAACGAUAACUCUUCUCUUUUUUAGGAAUCAUAGUUGGCAAGUGUCUUUUUGAAAGAAUUCCACUUAGUUCCUUUUUAGAUCGCACCAUAAUUAAACACAUCUUGAGAUAAAAAGUAACCUUGGAGGAUAUCAAAUAUUUUGACGAAGAUCUAUUCUAUUCUUGGUAAUAUUUAUUGAAUAACAAUAUUGAUUAACUAGAUCUAUACUUUUAAUUAGAAUAUAUUGGUAAGACAAUCAAUUUAAAAGAAAAUGGAUGUGAAAUCAAAGUUACAAAUUCAAAUGUUCAAGAAUAUGUUAAUUUAAAUAUAUUCUUUUACACUCAAUAAUUUUUGGAACCUUAUUUAUCAGAUUUCUUGACAGGAUUCUAUUAAGUUAUUCCAAAAACUUUAUUAAGGAUUUUCAAUCCUUAAGAAUUGGAAAUGAUCUUAUUUGGACUCCCUUUCAUUGAUCUUUAGGAUUGGUCCAAAUACACAAUAUACAAAGAAUGUUCUGCAGAGGACUACUUUAUUUAAUGGUUUUGGUAAAUCCUGAGCGCUUGGAAUUAAGCUGAACUAUCUUAAUUUUUGAGAUUUUGUACAGGUUCAACUAGAGUUCCAGUAGAAGGAUUUAGCAAACUUGAAAGUAACAGAGGAGAAAUUUCAUAUUUCUGUAUUUAAGCCAGUGAAUUCGAUAAAGAUAAUCCAUAUCCUAAGGCUCACACAUGUUUUAACAGAUUAGAAUUACCAAAAUACUAAGAAUUAGAAACAAUGGAGGUGUUUCUGAAGGCAACCAUUCAUGAAGCAUUGGAAGGAUAAUUUGGUUUGGAAUGA